AAGAAGUGGAAGCAAAGGGGAACCUGUUCACAUUCACUAUGGCCAGGCAGAAUCUUGUGGUGGAAUUUCUUCUAAUCACAACCAGUGCCAAUUUAAUCUGCAGUGUGGAAAUCCCGGGUAACGGAUGGCAAAGUACAGCCACCCAGCAAUUCUCUCCUUUCCCCCCUUCUUCCCACCUCGUCCUUGCCACUCUUCCACACAGUCACGCCAAAGAUUCAAUCAUGCCAUUAGGUGAGGGAACUGAACAAACAGGAAGCCAAAUAACUCCUUCCGUUCCAGAAGCUGAAAUGAUAACAGCCGAAUCAGUACCAUCAACCAAAGAAACUGCAGGCCACACUCAGGAGAAAACUACAGUUGCUUCUGAGGUGAUCAUUAAAAAUCCCAUGUAUGAAACUGGUGAAGCACCAGCAGAUACAGCAAUUAAAGCUGCAGCGGCUGCCAAAACAGUCAGGGGAAUUGAACCAUUGGGCGAGAUUCACAGAGAAAUGAAAACAGUAUUAGUUACUGGGAAGACAACUUCAAAGGCUGAAUCCUCGGACAGGCAGAAAACUACAGCACUUACCCCUGCAGAUGCUACAGGAAAUGCGAAGAACAUCCUGUCCAGACCUACCAGUAACCACACCACAACAGCGAGCAAAGGAACAAGCAUUACAGCUCACAAAAACAGAACCUCCAUCCUCAUGAGCACUAGUCCCCCGCCUACUGCUCCUGUUGGUCCAACCCUUGGACCUAAACCAUCACCAGCGGCGCUUGGGACAUACAGUGUUUCCAAUGGAACAGCAGAUUGUGUUAAAGCAGUCAUGGGCUUGACAAUGAUUGUUAAAAACAAAAGAAGGAACUUAGAAUAUUAUAAUAUUGAUCCAAACUCUACACAUACAGUAGGAAUCUGUGGACCUUGGCUUUCAACUCUGAAAAUCUCAUUUGAAGGAGGCUUCAUACGCUUUUCUUUUACCAAGGAUGGAGAAGUAUAUUAUGUCAGUGUGAUUGAAGCCACUUUGGAAGUCCCAUCUGAGGGUUCACUGUACAGUGGAUUGAAAAGUGACCAGCUCUUUUCCACUCCAGUGGGGAAUUCCUUUAAAUGCUCCAGCAAGCAAACCAUGGACAUGUCGGACAAUUUGCAGCUCUUGGUUGCCAAUUCCCAACUUCAAGCCUUUGAUAUAGCUGGCAAUCAAUUUGGGAAAGAGGAAGUGUGCACUCUUGACAAAAUCAAGAAACUAAUUCCAGCUGUUGUCAGCUUCAGUCUUGCAGGAUUAGUUGUCAUCCUGAUUGUCACCUGCACAAUUUACAGAAGAAAACCAAACAGGGGAUACGAUCGCAUCUGAAUUUCUGGACUACUUUUGUUUUACAAUGUGCACAGCAGAAAAUCAAAGCUUGAAAUAGAUAGCAAUUCAUAUUGUUUCCUCUUGUUCUGCCAUAGCUGCUACAGCUCCAAGAAAGUUGUACUAUCCUUCUGAAGGUGCUUCCAGUUGAACUAUCUAGUUGUACUAUCUUUCUGAAGGUGCUUUUAUGCACACUUGAAAACGGACACUCUUUAGGUGUUAUGAUUUGAGCAAUCACAUGCUGCUGUCUCUUUAGACAAGAGCAAGAAUACAAGAUCUACAGUAGUGCUGUUACAACCUUCUCUCAAGGCUUGCUUUUAGUUAAUUACGUUAGAUUGCUAAAACUCCUAUUUUGACUACAUAUACACACAAAAACUGUGAAGGGCACCCUAUCAAAAGAGAUAUUUUCCUUAUUUCUCUCACGCAAGACAGGAUACCUCAAAUCACAAAGACUUUUUAAAAAAAUUAACAGCAAAUAUUAUGAUGUAGUUAACUUUUCAAUUCAUAAUAUGUCCUUUCCCAAAUUACAAUUUCUCCAUCUCUUAACAUGCACAUGCAUGUGCCCCUAUAUCCUGCUUUUGUGUCAUAUUAAAAUCACCAAAGAAGAAACCCCACAAGGAAAGCAUCUGUUGGACUGCACCUGUUUACUCCAACUUUAUGCCUCCAGAUGUUUUGAACUGCAGCUCCCAUCAGUCGCAGAUAACAUGUCCAGUCAUGAGAACUCAUGGGAAUUUCUUCAACACAUCUGGAGGACAGCAGGCUGGGGAUGUCUUUACUAUACCUACUUCUUUUUUAACAUUACAGUGAUUCAGCUCCUGGUAUAUGUAUUAGAGCACUGUUAACAGUUUAUGUGCUUCUGUAGACACACACGUACUGUAUUUCAUUUCUGAGAUUCUAUAAAAUGCAAUUGAUGAAGACAACAUGAUGGAAAGAAUAUGUUUUGUUAAAACAACCUGGUUGAUCAACUGAAUCAAAUAAACAAAUGAAUGUAAAAGGUCA